CUACGAGAUAGGAGAAAUACGAAUGAUCUCAAAUUCCAUAUUUUUAUUAUAAUUUGAGGAAGACAGAUGAAUUACCUAGAAUAUCUUCCAAUGAUAGUUUUAUGUGUUCUGACAAAGAAUCAUUGGUUGAAAGAGCCAAACUUCUCAUGAUAUGGAAGAAGGAAAGACACACCAACAAGCUUCUCUUCUCCCUCACUUCUUCAUGUAUCUAUGUGUCUACAAUCCUCUGUAAUAGGGAUACGAGAGUAUGAAAUAAAAGCGGUGUUACUCCUUCUCUUAUAUUUCAUGUUAAUAGUGUUGCUUAUUCCCAUCAUCGGAUAAUUAUUUACAACACAAACAACUUACACGUAGGGAUGUCAACAAAACUCGAACUCACGGGUACCCACCCGACCCAACCUGGUCAACGCGGGUAAAAUCCGUGCUGACGGGUUUGGGUUUAAACUCGUUCACUAUUCACCAGGUUGGGUUUGGGUUUAGUUAAAUCCGACCCAUGGGUACCCGUCCACACCCAUAUGAUUAAUUUCUCGGUAUAUUUAAUAUUCUAAACAACUAAUCUUAUUUAUUUUUGUGGAGACAUGUCUAAUUUUUUGUUUCUAAUUGUGUAGAAUGAAGUUGAUGUUAUUGAGUGGAGAGUAAAGAAACUUAAUUGAAAGGAAGAAGCUUUCAAUUAAUCAUGUUAUUUAAGGAUAAUUUGUGAUUUGCUUUAAUUUUUUUGAGUUUUCUAGAUUGGUGUUGAACAAUUUGUAUAUAGUUAAUUUGUGAUUUGCUUGAAUUUUCUAGAAUGGUGUUUUAAAUAUGGAUAAUUAGUAUUAAGAGAUUGAUAUUUGACUUUAAUUUUGAUAGGAACUUGUUAUUGUAAAUUUUUUACGACAAAAACCCUUGGGUACCCAUGAACCCGCGGAUACCCAGCAGGUUGGGUUUGAGUUUUUCAAACCCAGUGAGUUUUACCCCAGAUUUUUUUCACGGAUAAACCCAUGGGUUUGACUUUGGCCCAACCCGACCCAUUGCCAUCUCCACUUACACGCGUGGUUUUUGUCCGCUUUUACCGAAUUGUCCUUCUCUGGUCUCUUCUUUCUUCGCAAUUUUAAUUUCUGUACGGAUCUAUGCUCGAGCCGUCGGUUUUGUCCGUGGAGACGCCAGCAGACGACAAAGCCAUGCGUGCCCGCCUCAUCGUCAUUCGUCACUCUCGCGGGAACCAAUCGGAUGCCAUUCCAUUUCUCAACUUCAAUCUGCAACUGGAAUACCUAAUUUCUAGCCUCCGUCUUUCAAAUCGGUAAUCUUCUCUCUUCUGUCGCCGGCGAAUUUCCGACCAGUGGGAUAACUCUAUAUUCUAAUGCUUCGUUUCAAUCUCAUGUCUGAAUCAGUGUUAAAUGUUCGGGACUUCUCGCUGGAGUGGGCUUUGAAUCAAUUCAGCGAUCUGCUACGGUUUCGAGCUCGCUCUGAGUCUAGGUGGUUGGGGGACUCGCUCUCUUGGUUCUCUUCUUUCCAUUCGAAGAUUGCUCUUGGUAAUGAAAUUAAUAGAGUUUCAAUUGAGUUUCCUCGAGCCUGUAACUUAAAUCUAAGCUCUUACAAGAGUAGGAUUCCGGUUGAAGUAUCUCCAUCUGUUGGUCUCCUUUAUCUUGCUUUGGUAUGGGGUUUUACACAGUGACAAGCUUAUAUGCGUCUCUGCCAUUAGGAAAAUAGAAUUUGGUCAUUUCUAUCCGAAGGAAAUGGGUUUAGGGUGAAUUAUGAGCUUUCAAUGUGUGAAUGAUGCUGUUUUUCCUUCGAAUUUUGGAUUCGUACUUGUUGUUUUACAAUUGUGUCACUGAAGUUUUAAUCUUCGCCUCUAUUCUCUUGUAUUUUAGAAGCGUCUGGACCUUAUGGCUGAUGAGCGAAUUGAUUUUGAGGAUGAAGAAUACGGAGGGCCUCAGAAGUUGCAAUUUCAGGGAAGUGGUACUAUUCCUGCUCUUGCUGAGGAAGAGAUGGGUGAAGAUGAUGAGUAUGAUGAUCUUUAUAAUGAUGUGAAUGUUGGUGAGAAUUUCCUACAAAUGCAUCGAUCUGAUCCACCAGCCCCACCUGCUAAUGUGAGCAAUGGGGGGUUCCCAACUCAGAGUGCUACUGAUUCCAGAGUUGAAGCGGCUGGUGGCGCUGGUUCACAAGGGGUUCACAAUCCUGGAGUUGCUGCUGAAGGGAAGUACACUAAUUCUACAACACAUUUCCAAGAGACAAAGGAGGGUCCUUCCAUAGUCAAGGGACCAGAGAAAGGAUCAGCUGGCUACCCAGAUGGAUCUGUUUCACUAAAAGGAAAGGCCAUGGAGAUGCCAAAUGAUACUCAAGUUCGAAAUGUGGGAUUUCAAGGAGAAUCAUCAAUAUCAUCAAAUACUGCUGUUGACCCUUCUGGUAUGACUAGAAAAGUUCCCAUUGAGCCAUCGCCUAUGCCAAGUACUGGAGCAGGUAGUCUCACAAGUGUUCCGCAGAUGCCAGCUAAUCAAAUGAGCAUACGUGUGGGUGCCAAUAUCACCAAUGAAAAUCAGAUCAGGGCUCCUAUUGAUAAUGGUGCAACUAUGCUGUUUGUUGGAGAAUUGCAUUGGUGGACAACUGAUGCAGAACUUGAGAGUGUUUGUUCUCAAUACGGAAGAGUCAAGGAGAUCAAGUUCUAUGACGAAAGAGCUAGUGGUAAAUCUAAGGGUUAUUGCCAAGUUGAAUUUUACGAGUCAGCUGCUGCAGCUGCUUGCAAAGAGGGAAUGAAUGGGUUUAUGUUUAAUAGCCGAGCUUGCGUUGUGGCUUUUGCUUCUCCUCAAACAAUAAAGCAAAUGGCGUCUUCUUACAUGAACAAAAGCCAGAAUCAGCCUCCGGCACAGGCACAGGCACAGGCAAGAAGGCCUAUGAAUGAUGUUGCUGGGAGGGGUGCCACAGUGAAUAAUUAUCCAGUUGGAGAUGGUGGGAGAAACUUCGGAAGGGGUGGGUGGGGCCGUGGUGCACCAGGUGUUCUCAAUAAAGCUCCUGGAGUUGGAGGACCAAUUAGGGGAAGAGGAGGCAUGGGUGUUAAGAGUAUGAUGGGAGGUGCUGUUGGUGUGGGAGGCGGCAUGAAUGGGGGAGGCUAUGGACCGGGUCUAGGUGGUCCUGCAUUCGGUGGUCCUGGUGCUGGAAUGAUGCCUCCACAGGCAAUGAUGGGAGCUGGAUUUGAUCCAACAUACAUGGGUAGAGGGGCUGGCUAUGGAGGAUUUGGAGGAGCUCCUGGCUUUCCAGGCAUGCUUCCUCAAUUUCCCUCUGUCAACACGAUGGGACUUGCAGGGGUAGCUCCUCAUGUCAACCCAGCAUUCUUUGGUCGUGGUAUGGCUCCUAAUGCUAUGGGGAUGAUGGGUACUUCAGGAAUGGAAGUGCCAGGCAUGGGAAUGUGGUCUGAGACCGGCAUGGGUGGAUGGGGAGAAGAGCAUGGAAGAAAGACUAGAGAAUCAAGUUAUGGUGCUGAAGAUGGUGCCUCUGACUAUGGUUAUGGAGAGGCAAGUCAUGAAAAGAAUGGACGCUCAAGUGCUGCCUCUCGGGAGAAAGAGAGACCUUCUGGUCGUGACUGGUCGGGGACGUCUGAUAGGAGGCACCGUGAGGAGAGGGAGCAGGACUGGGACAGAUCUGAAAGGGAUCAUCGGGAGCCCCGUCACAAGGAGGAAAAGGAUGGCUAUAGAGAUCACCGAAAGAGAGAACGCGACUCAGGUUAUGAUGAUGACUGGGAUAGGAACAAGGCUUCUUCUAGGCAUCAGAGCAGGUCACGGGCAGUGCCUGAAGAAGAUCACAGGUCAAGGUCACGUGAUGCAGAUUAUGGAAAGAGGAGACGUCAGCCAUCAGAGUGAUACAAUUUGACUAUGCCUUUACAUGUGGACUUAUUUUCUGUCCUCUUGUGUCGCGAAACCAGAACAGCAGCCUUUGCAGUUUCUACUUUGACCUAAACUGCAGAAAAUGACCUCUUGGGGGAAGAAGUAAGUUCUAUCAUAAGGAUGAGAGAGUGCCUUAAUUCUCUCGUUUCUUUCUUACUGGAUUUACUGAACAUCAUUAGAUGAAUCCUAGUAUUUGUGUGCUAAAAAACUUCUCUUGCUUGCAUACGGAUGGUUAUGCUUGUAAGGCUGGAUUAGAGCAUCCCACUGUUGAUGAAUUCAUUGAACUUAUGUUUAUUCUGGAUAAUCUGUCUGUCGGUUCGUGAACUUGAUCUAAAUUUGUCGUGUUUUUCUGGAAUCCUGUGUUCUUUUAAUUGUUUAGUGAAGGUUCAGAAUUAUAGAUAGACUGAGCCUGUUACCUUCAUAUUGGCUACCUGUUUCUUGUUUCACUAACCAUUUAGUGGGAAUGAAUUACCGUUAGCUUUCUUCAUCAAGUGUUACUGAUUUACUCGUUUUACUUGCAUGCUAUAAGUCAAUAACUCUGUCCAGGGUAUGCUCACACACCUAUCUACUCCAACCGAUUCCAUCAGUGCUUUGCAUGAUUUGGGAACCAAAUAAUUCCUUUAGUUUUCUAUUGAAAUUACAAAAAAGUAAAAGUUUGAGCUUGUGCUUUGGUGCUUCUUCAUUUUGUAUUUUAGUUUGGUAAAUCGUUGCUACUUGCCUGUGUGGUUAGUUCUAGUUUUUGCUUUUCUUCUUUCACAUAGUUGCAAAGUCUCUCAUGUGAUUUCCAUUUUCCGUGUUAGUUGUUAUUGAUUCAAACAUACCCAACUGUAUGCAUUUUCUCUUUUGCUCUCUGAAAGCAGUAUAUCAUAUGUGAUGUUCUCGCAUGCGUGGCUCUUAAUUGAAAAUUUUCUAUGUGGAGGUUUCUGAGAUGAGACUCUUGAUUAUUUCCUGUUCUUGUCUUGGCGAAUGUUUUUGGAGUAUGUUAUAUUACUCUUGUCAGUCUGCUUGAGGUGUCUGGUGGUUUAGAAAAGACUGUGUCGAACCAUUCAACACCUAUAGAAUUAGAACAACAUGUGGCUCUACUAUCAUAAUGGUUCUUACUUCAAACCUAUGAGUUUGGUUGAAGUGUGCUGUUACUUUUGGAUCGCAGAUUCAUUUCAAUGUUUGUUAGUUAUUUCUUCCGCUUGGUGGCUGAACCAGUUGAUUUUGAUAGCAUGAUUAGUGUCAUGUAAGUGUGAUAUUGAUCGCCACAGGAUGUCGUUGUCAGGAAAUGGCUAGGUAUCUGUUGAAUGGCGUAGCUUUCAGGAAUUUUAGUUGUGCUCUUUCUUGCAAUUUGGCACGUGUCUUGUGGCUUGAAUAUUCAGCUUCUUUAAUUGUCCAUUGACUUGGGGGUUUUCUUUUAUUAUCAAUCCAGGGAGUGCAGUGGACUACUCCUAUUUUUUCAAUGAUUGAAUUCAACUGUAAUGGUUGCUUGGAGGAAGAUGUGUUAGAUGGCUGUCUUCACUGGAUUCCUCCCUUGGUAGUAGUUUGUUUUUGCAAAGGUUUCGAAAGAAGCCACAAUUGUCAUUGGCUCAUGACGACCUGGUGUCGUUUUUAUUUAUUUAUGUAAAUCACCAUUGUCUCUCUCAAAAUGUGUAAAUUUGGUCCUUGGCAUGUAAGUGGCCUCUUUUGAUAGCAUCUUUGAUCUGUAUUUUGCCCUGUGAGUCAGCUUUUAUUGCUGCAAGGUCCAUAUUUGUACAUGACGCCCCUUGUAAUUGCAUUAUGUAAUCUGUUAUACCCUAGAAGAGCCGGAGUAGAGGCCGCAAAUAGUUCAUAGUGACUUCCUUAUGUAAUCUUGUCAGUACAAGUCACAAACACAGAUGAGGAGUCACUGAGGACUUGUCAUUUGCAUGUAAAUAACUUUUGGCAUAGCUCAGACUCAUUCUUUUAGGAGUAUUCAGAAGUGCAGGCUGCUGCUUGCAGAUGGCUGGGACUGAACAAAUUUUGUUGUCCUGAGGUCAUAUUAUGCAUGUCGAUUUCUGUAUCGGCACCUAGAAAGGUAUCGGUUGUAUCGUAUAUAGCAAUUCUUUGUACAGAUCUUCAGUUUGUAACUUGCAAGAGAUUUGUAGAUUUCUUCCAUUGAUUCGGGACAUUGUAGAGAAUCUGAUACAGUGUCUGAUAGGUAGCUUCUUUGCGGAUUUUGUACUCAGGUAGUUCGUUUCUCUCUUGUGUGAAGUGCACAAUUGUGCAUUUUUCUUGCGACCUUGUUAUUCUCUUGGUUACUAUCUGUACUUUGAUUAAAUUGGAAUUCAAAUC